AUGGGGAACCACGGCUCUAACCUGGAUGAUAUCCUGGCAGAGGAUAUGCACCACUGGUACAACAAGUUUAUGAAGGAGUCUCCGUCAGGACUCAUCACGCUGUUCGAACUCAAGGGCAUGCUGGGUCUGCGGGGGAUGAACGCGAACGCUACCAGCUACGUGGACCAAGUCUUCUUCACCUUCGACAUGGACGGGGACGGGUACAUAGAUUUUGUAGAGUACAUCGCAGCCAUCAGUCUGAUGCUGAAGGGAGAAAUCAACCAGAAACUCAAGUGGUACUUCAAAUUGUUUGACCAGGACGGCAACGGGAAAAUCGACAAGGAUGAGUUGGAGACAAUAUUCACGGCAGUCCAGGACAUCACGCGGAACCAGGAUGUCACCCCAGAGGAGGUUGUGUCGCUCAUAUUCAAGAAGAUCGACAUCAACGGAGAGGGUGAGCUGACCCUAGAGGAGUUCAUCGAGGGGGCGAAGGGUCACGACGACAUCAUGGAGAUGCUGAAGAAGAUGAUGGACCUCACGCCCGUACUCAUCAUCAUCGUCCAAGGGAUAGUAGUCUGA